GGAUAAUCCCCCACUCACCUCUGCACUACCCUAUACUUUAUAUCCUUUUCAUACGCAACCUUCUCUUCCUCUCUCCUUCCUUUGCAGCUGCUUUUCAUAACUCCUGCACAAAUCACCCUCUCAACAAGCAUUUUGGUUGGAUCCCAAUCUUUCUUCCAUCCUUCAAUCUCAUGUUUCUUACACUCUUUAUGGCGGAAUCCCAGGUCCCGAUCUCUCCCUCUCUCCGCCGUUGCAGAAGAAUUAAAAGAGAGGAAUCGUUUGGGAAGAGGAAGACGAUGGAGAGGCAUCGGUUGUCAUUCUGUUUUGGCCGCGAUGGGCUACGCGACGAUGAGAAAGGGGAGAUCGGUCGGAGGGAUUCGGCCGAUCAGCGGGGAUGAUAGAGAAGACCGAUACAUCACAGAGGGGCCAGAGAGAAGAGACAGGUGUUCGGCGACGAGG